AUGAAAGUUAAAGUACUAUCUCGGAAUCCCGACGAUUAUUUACGGGAAACAAAGCGAGAUAUUCAGAAAGGUAAUUUGUUUUAUAAUUUAUAAUUAAUAACUAUGAUUGACAAAUAUGUUUGCUAGUUUAUUUUUAAUUCAUUGAAAUUUGAAUUUCCAAAAUUAAACUAAUUUACUUUACUCAAACGACCAUUUAGUAUUCUCUUGAACAGAUAAUAUUUUCUCAUGUUAUUCAUUGUAGAUAAAGACUUUCGAGUGUAGUUAAUAUUUUAGAACGAUUCUACCUUAGGGCUCAGGCAAUUUUUUAGAAUUUCUUUUCAAAAUGUUUGUUUUUUUUAUGAUUAAUUUAAUGUUGCUUUAAAAAAGUCGUCAAACUUCGUUUAAUAUAUUAAUUUUUGAUAGUUUAAACUAAGCUUAAAUAGUUAUGUUUUUACAUAAUUUUUGGAAAAACCGAAAAUUUUGAAGUUUUUUGACCAUAACUUCCUAACAUUAAAUUAAGUAUGAAAAACACAUAUUUUGAAAAAAAAAAUUCCAAAAAAUCGCCUGAGCCUUAAAGUAGAAUUAUGUCAAUAUUUUUAUUAUAAUUAUGAUGUCUAGUUUCAAUGUUUGUAAACCAAAACUAUAAAAAUCUGCUUUGAUUUAUAUCUUAAAAAGUUUAAAUAUUAUAAAUGUAAAACACUUAAAUAAUCCUAAAAAGCUAAUGGAUAAUAUAACAGUUUUAUGAUUUAAUAUGGCAGGCAUUGAUAAAAAGAGCUGUUGAUAAUCUAAAAGUCCACAAAUCCAAGAUUUUUCGGUUUUUGGUGUACUCGGUUAAUUGGGGCAGUCGGAUAAUAAGGACAAAUAGAUUACUGACUUAUGUGUUUCUAUUAAGCAAAUUUUACCGUAUUUUAAAUUUAUUUUCAGUACCUCGAAAUUAUGAUCCAAAUCUUCAUCCUUUUCAAUCAUCACGUGAAUAUGUACGUGCUCUUAAUGCAGUGAAAUUAGAAAGGGUGUUUGCUAAGCCAUUUAUUGGCAAUUUGGAUGGACAUCGUGAUGGUAUUUUCUGUAUGGCUAAACAUCCUAAAGCAUUAUCAACAACAGUCAGUGGUUCUUAUGACGGUGAAAUACGUUUAUGGAAUUUAACAAAACAAAAAUGUAUUAAUACUGUCAAUGCCCAUGAACGAUUUGUUCGUGGAUUAUGUUUUCACUCUGAUGGUACAAGAUUGUUAAGUGUCGGAGAUGACUCUACAGUUAAAGUUUGGAAUCCCGAAGAAUUUGAAUCUCCAUCCCUUACAUUCUUAUCACAAGUAUGUAAAAUACUAAUUGGUAAUUUAUGACAUUUUUUUUCUUAAAAAUAGAAAUAUUUUAGUCUGUUUUAUAUGGAGUAAGUUGUCAAUGGCUAAAUGAUAAAGUAUUUGCAACUUGUGGUGACGUGGUCCAACUAUGGGAUAUCACUCGCAGUCAACCAACUUCAAUUCUAAAAUGGGGUGUUGAUAGUUUACAUCAUAUAGCAUUCAAUCAAAUUGACACUCAUGUUUUAGGUAGGCAAUAUUUUAUUUUAUCUAAAUUAUUUCUUUUAAUCCGAUAUUUCAAAAAUGGUUACUAUGAAAUACAAUUUUUAUUUUUUAAAUUAUUUAUUAAAUAUAAAAUAAUUUAAUUAAUGUUGUAUUACAAUUAUUUAUACUAUAGCAUCGUGUGCAAGUGAUCGUAGUAUAAUUCUGUAUGAUACUAGAGAAGUAAAACCCAUGCGAAAAAUAAUAAUGAAACUCAAAACAAAUCAGUUGGCAUGGAAUCCUAUGGAAGCAUAUGUAUUUACUGCUGCAAAUGAAGAUUAUAAGUAAUUUUAUAUUGUACUGUAUUUUGAAUGAUAAUUGAUUAAUAUUUCAAUUUAGUUGUUAUUCUUAUGAUACACGGAAACUGGACUCUCCAAUCAAUGUGCAUAAAGAUCAUGUAUCUGCUGUUACUUGUAUAGAUUAUGCACCAACUGGUUUAGAAUUUGUCACUGGAAGUUAUGAUAAAUCUGUCAGAAUUUUUGAAAGCCAUCGGGUAUUAUUUUUAAUAGUCUUAAUGAAUAUAAACAUUUUAUAGUCGAGAUAUCAUUUUAGGGACAUUCAAGAGAAAUUUAUCAUACUAAACGUAUGCAACAUUUGACUAGCGUAAUGUGGUCAUUAGACAAUAAGUUUGUUUUAAGCGCAUCUGAUGAAAUGAAUAUAAGAAUUUGGAAAGCAAAUGCUUCAGAAAAAUUAGGAGUUGUAAGUUUUUCUAUUGAUUAAAACAGUUAAAUAAAUAGAGUUUCUAAAUAUAUUUGUAUCAUAUUAAUAAUUAUUAUAUUUGUAGAAAUAAGUGGUAAUUUAAGGUUAUUCAUUGGAUGUUUCUACAUCCAUUGUAGUUAAUUGACAGACGUAUUCCUGUUUUUUAGCACCCGAAUGAUAUUUUUACAUUUCUUUGCCUCCCCUACGAUAAAUAUCAAUUUUCGACAAAAAAAAAAACCAAUUUUAUUUUAUACUUAUUACAUAAUAUAACAUUCAACUGAUAGCACUGUAAAUAAAUACUUUAAUUUUUUUUAAACAAUUUAUUGAAUUGUGUUAUUCAUAUAACAAUUAAGUAUUUAAUUAUCCAGUACCCAUACAUUAAGUAUUACACUGUACAUUUAUAUUAUCUAGAACAUCAUAUAUCUAAGACAGUGGUUCCCAACUUCUUUUAUUUCUAUUUUCUUUUAUUUAUAUAUUCUUUUAAAAAUCUCUCAUCCCUUUUAACACAAUGAGAAAAAAAAUGUCAUUAAGGUCAAUAAGUAAACAAAUCCUAGCAAAAAUUAAAGCCGCUCAGGCAACCGCCCCCUGUCACCUCUACUUGAAUAUGUCCUUGCUCGUAAUCUUUAUCGAUACCCAAUAACAGGUCAUUAUUAACUUUACUUUUUUCCUAAAUUUCAAAGUAUAAAUAAUUUAAUAAAUACUAAUUUUACUUUGUGAUGACUGCUUGCACUUCCCCAGCAAUUUAUUCACAGCCUCCCAGGGGGCGCAACCCUAUUCGGGAAACACUGAUCUAAAGCCAUGAACAAAUUUUACAGGUGACAACACUUUUUAGUUUGAGUAUAGUAGAGUAGUUAAAUAAAAGUAAUAACAAUAAUAACAACCAGAAUUAGAAGGCGGGAGCAUAAAUUUGAAAAUAUUAGUAUUAAGUUUAAAAAUGCAUUUAGGAGAUAAUUACGAGGGCUACCUCCUAACCCCUUUCCCUAAAUAUAUUUCUGCUUAUUGAUUUCUAAUAAAUAAAAAUGAAUACUAUGUGUUUUAGCUGAGACCCCGUGAAAAAUCUGCUUUGGAAUAUAAUGCGACAUUAAAAGAGAAGUUUGCUGCUCAUCCACAAGUGAAACGAAUCGCUAGACAUAGACAAGUGCCUAAACACAUCUAUCACGAACGUCAACAACAAUUAGAGUCUAGGAAAAAAAUUAAACGAAAGUAUGUUCUUUUUACAUUUUUGUAUAUAAGGUUUUAAUUGUUUAUAUUUUUUUUAAUUUUAGGGAAGAAAAUGUUCGUAGACAUUCGAAGAAAAAUAGUAUUCCCUAUAUUUCUGAAAAGGUCAAAAAUGUUAUUUCAGAAGUUGUUUAA